GUCUGACGGAUUGGGGCAGUCUACAGACGAGGCCGUCGGCUCCUCACCAGCACAGCCUUCCGCAGUGAGCAACAAUGUUGCUCCGCCAAGCACUACAGUUCAAGCUGCUGUCGUGGACAUGCCAGCAGAGAUGCAGGACGUCGCCGUCCCGUGGGCGCAACCGCGCCUAUCAGCACAGGGAGGCGGGGUCAUGAGAAGUCGUCGGCCGAGCCUUUUACUUCGAGCUCACGUGGCCUUCCGCUUGGUGCUGGGGCUUUCCGUUGCUGGUCUCUCACACGAUGCAACCGAUCUCCGCAGGCUACAAGCUGAGGAGUUUGGAAUCACCUUCGGCGUGCCAACUGGCGAUGCAAAUGUCAUCAAGCCAUCCGAAUCUCGAGCCUUCUUUCUUUACAUCUGCUUGGACGCGAUGUUCGCCGACUUCAGCUGCGCUUCCGCAUGCAAUCCUCCCAACCCCUCUGCCAACACGGUGAAGGUCAGCAUGGAAGAUCUGGCCAAGCGUGUUGCAGAAGAGCAGGCUGUAAAGGAGGAGGAGGACAGGCGCCGCAAGGCGGAGGAGGAGGCUGCCAAGGAGGCGGUUCGUCAGCAACGUGAGAAGGAAGCUGAAGAGCGUCGUCGCAAAGAACAGGAGGAAGCACAGCGUGCACGCCUGGAGGCUGAGCAGAGGGAGAAGGAAGCCAAGGAGGCUGCUGAAGCAGAGAAGGCCGCUGCUGAGCAGGCUGAGAAGACGCGCCAAGAGGAGUUGGCACAGCACAAGAAUGAAGUGAUGGCAUGGAUCAAGAAGCAAGGCUUUACUGGCAUCAACAAUGCCAAGAAGUCCUUCUUCAGCAGCACGUACCCGCUGCACAAGGCUGCAGAGGUGGGAAAUGCAAAGAUGGUCAAACUGCUGCUGGAGCAGGGGGCAAACCCGGCUCUGAAAAACUCGGCUGGCAAGACCGCCCAGGAGGUUGUUCUUCAGAAGAAAAAGGGCGAGUCACACAAGGAGGCUGUAAAGCGAGUUGUCGUGCUGUCUGUUAUCAGCUCGACCUACUAUAUCUGCGCUUUCAUUGCCAGAUUGCUCCUGGGCCAGUACACCGACCCAGGUGAUCCAAAUUCACCAGACGAGCUGUGGUCGGGGUGCAGUCAGCUCAUCAUUGAGCUCAGCAUCCCUGCAUGUGGAUAUUACGGAGCAUUGUACACCCACAGGACUUUACUCUUUUUCUUUUGUGGCGCUAACCUUAUCUUUGUGGUGGCCUACAGCAUCAACUUCCUGCGGUACGUCAUCCGCAUGGGCGGUGGGGCCGAAGCGUGUGCGCUUGAGGCAUAUGCUACGCAGCAGCGAGACUGCGAGCUGAUGCACAGUGAUGGACCGCUUCGCUACCUUUUCCUUGGCAGCCUGGUGAUUCUGACGUGGUUCAGCUGUCUUUCCUUUGGCGCCGGCAAAGGCUUGUACCAGGGGCUGGCGCCCGGAGAUGGGCAUCCGUACUCGUCUGUUCCGGUGGUUGGGGAAGUGAUUGCGACUCCAGAGGGCUCUACCAACGAGAGUGGAUCGAGCUCCUCCCCGACUCGCCGUCUGCCAGUUCCCGAGUGCACGGUGGGCAGUGGACGCAUCUCCGCGAAGCAGGCCUGCGCUCGCGCUCCUGGCCUCGGUGGCCUGGUUGCCGCUGGCCUUCCUUUCGCCAGGCAGACCGUCGCAGGAAUGUGGGCGACGUGCCAUGCCGCUCGAACUUGGACCAGCCGGACCUUCGUGAUGGCAGGUGUCGCCGGAUCUCUGUUAUUCGAUGCUGCGCCUGACGCACGCGCCGAGGAGGAGAUCGACUUUACCAAAGUGCUGCGAACUGGCAAAACGCCUUAUGCAAAGAUGGACUAUCAGGUCUUCCGAGAAGGCAAGUGCGAACCAGCACAGAUGGGCGACCUGGUCAGGGUGAAGCACCGAGCCUGGCUGGAAAACUUCGAGGAGGGCCUGCCCUGGGAGCUCACGCUAGUGGGCCGAAUGGAGGUUGGGCCUUACCAAACGCCGAAGAGGAUCAAGGUUGGAAAGACGCCUCUGACGGCAUAUGAUCCGCCUUCACUGACGGACGCAAUCCUGGGUAUGCGCCCGGGAGAGCUGCGACGAGUAGUUGUACCUCCAGAGUUUGGAUUUGGCCCGAAGGGCAGGAGUGUGAUGGAGCCUAUGGAGGAUCAGGACAUCCCGCCAAAUGCUACGUUGUACUACGAGAUCGAGAUGGUGUGGACUGGCUGGACCAAGGACGAUGCUAGUCUAGGCCUCAAAGGAAGAGCGCCGAAGCGAAGCAGCUCCAAGACGCAUCUGCCGAUACUUGAUGAGAUCGAGGGCCUUGUCCGAGGAGGAGCGCCGUGUAAACGAAAUGGCAGCUGCGCUUGCCUCAGAGGCAGCAGCUGCACGGCCAUGACCGUGGCAGGCGAAGCCGCGCAGGCUGAUGUGAAGACUUUCGUGGAAGGCUCCACGGCCAUUUCAUGCUGUGGAUCUUCUGCAGGUUUCACCGCAUCUAGACGUUUCAAGCAGUGGUUGCCAGUGGCCAGCGGGGCCCGACCUCUCGGACAGGCUCGGUCCGGCCCCGAUUGGGGUGAACAUCCCGUGACGUGCAUGGCAGAUGAAACUCUGCGAGGCAUUCUCGUCAACCUUGGGGAAAAGGAUGACAACAAAAGGAAGAAGGCCGAGAAAGACAUGUUUGACCACCUUCGCGGCUUCCUGGCGCCGCCUUCGAAUGAGGCCGUUUCGAAUGAGGCCCCCAACAUCAACGAGAAGGUCAUUCUGCUGAUUGCAAACAUUGUCCAGGACGCGACUUCUGCAGAAGUGCCUGGCCCGGGCCUGGUGUUCGAAUGUGCUUGCAGAGUCAGACCUUCUGAUGUCAGCUUGACCAACAUGCCCAGCCAGAGGACCUCGGGGCUUGUCGCCCUCAGCAUUCUGACCUUCGCCCUGGAGAAGGAGCGUGCCCAGCAGCAUGCCGAGUUGCUUACGGAUCCGGUGCUGGUUUGCUUCUCGGACGAGGAGAGAAGCGAGGCUCACAUCAUGUGGAAUGCUUGGCUCGAGUUCAGAUUUCCCAUCGGCUUGCAGGACUCCCUGGUGAGAUACAAAGCCUGUGAGGCUUUCUACAACAUUGCCAAGGUGAUCCGAGCUGGAAUUCUUCGGAACAUCAGUGGUGUUUUCGAUGGCCUUUGCAGGCUAUACACAGACGUCGAGCAGAACAUUAAGGAGGGUGCCCAAAGCCUGGACAGACUCAUCCGUGACAUUGUGAUGGAACAGCGGCAUUUCGACUUCGCAGAGCUGAUUCCUCUGAUCACUUGCAGGAUCCACAUCCUCAAUCCAAAUGUUCGCCAGCUGGUGCUCGGCUGGAUCGUUCUUUUGGAUUCUUUGCCACAGGUAGAUAUGAUCUCCUUCCUGCCUCACUUUCUGGAGGGCCUUUUCAGCAUCCUUGCAAGCGAGAACCGUGACUUCCGCAUGAAGGCCCAGGCAUGUCUGGAGAGCCUCUUGGAACACAUCCGACGCUCUGCUGCAGACCGCCCAGACCGGACUCAGCAGGCCAUAGCCGAGGCCGCUUCCAUCGUGGCGCGCUGCUGCCGUGCCGGGGGCGAGCAGCGCUCCGAGGCGGUCCUGCACAACAACUUGGCAGGCAAAGGACCUGAUGGUGGCAGCGAGGGGCUUGUGUUCUUAGUGAGCCAAGAGUCGCACGGAGUUGUCGUACGAGAUUUGAAAAUCUCACUGCACGCUCUGAGUCGUUACCAUCCUGCGCAUCCUCACUGGAAUGGAUUAGAGGGGGAGUUCGCUUCCAUCAAUCAGUUUGGCGGUCGGGCGCUGCGAGUACGAAUCCAUGUUUCAGAUGUUGCGGACAAGCCAGUUCGCUUAGAUUAUCUCCCAAUCUUCAUCUGCGACCUCGAGACAGAUUCGGUUGCUUUGCGGGAGUAUGUGUGGGCAUAUGGGCCUCACCAGGCAUAUUGGUCCCCAGAGACAGAGAUUGGUCUUGACACGAGGGGGAAUAUUACAGAAUACUGGCAACAGGUCGUCUCUGCUGCAGCCCAUCAGAAGGUGCGUAGGACAGUGACGCUGGUCUACCGACAUGUCGGUGAGAUAGAGCUGGCAUUUGGAUCUGAAGCACCAGCAGAUGUUACUCGAACGUUUUUCUUUGCCUUUGUGGCUUUGGACGGAUGUGACAUGGAGUUGGUGACGUCUAGCACUUUAAGUUCCACCGCAACCCAAUCUACAUCUACCAGUACUACAUCUACCACUACAACUCCAACCACCAGCUCUGUGACAAGGGCCAGUUUAACCCUAACUACGUCAACGGCUUCCACGAUAACAUCGAGUUACACUACGUCGACGCGAACCUCGGCGACAUUCACUAGCACCACGGCGACUGCCGUGUUCGGCAUUCCUUUGUUCGCACCUCCAGGUGAGCUGCGUUGGUGGCAUGGUCUCAGGGAGCUGUCCCGCCUCAAGCGAGCAACUCUUUAUUCCGUCGCUCUGCUCGGGCUGGUGCUGCUCUUAGUGCUCUACUGGCUUUGUUGGGCUUGCCGCGCCCGGGAAGAGACAGGCCAUGAGAUGCGCGUCCUCCUGCGGCUGUAG